GUCCGAAAUGCGCGAAUGACAGGUUUUGUAACGUCAACCUAGGAGCGUAACUGAAGGUGAUGGAAUAUGGGAAGGAGAGAGUUGUGGCUCUGGUGGAUAUGGACUGCUUCUACGUGCAGGUGGAGCAACGCUUAAAGCCAGAUCUCAGAGGCAAGCCCUGUGUGGUGGCCCAGUACAAGACAUGGAAGGGAGGCGGCAUCAUCGCCGUGAGCUACGAGGCCAGGGCACAUGGGGUCACCAGAAAUAUGUGGGCGGAUGAUGCCAAGAAGCUGUGCCCUGAUCUCCAGGUGGCACGGGUCCGGGAGUCUCAUGGGAAGGCUGACCUCACACAUUACCGAGAGGCUAGUGUGGAGGUGAUCGAGGUGAUGUCACGCUUCGCCGUGAUCGAGCGGGCCAGCAUCGACGAGGCCUACAUGGAUCUGACGGCAGCCGUGCAGCAGAGGCUGAAGGACAUGGAGGGCCAGCAGGUGGCGCCAGAGCUGCUGAAGACCACCUAUGUGCAGGGCUUCCCACAGGCGAGCUCCGACCCACAGGGGGCGACAGAGGAAGCAGUGGCAGAUAAAGAGGAGCAGAGGUCCCGCGGGCUGCGGGAAUGGCUGGCCUCUCUGUCCAGCGCUUCGCAGGCGGAGCUGCAGCUGGCCGUCGGAGCCCUGAUCGUGGAGGAGAUGAGGGCCGCCGUGGAGAAGGACACCGGCUUUCGCUGCUCCGCCGGCAUCUCGCACAACAAGGUGCUGGCCAAGCUGGCGUGUGGCCUGAACAAGCCGAACCGACAGACUGUACUACCCUUGGGAUCUGUGCCCCAACUCUUCAGCUCCCUACCUGUCAGCAAAAUCCGUAGCCUGGGCGGGAAGCUGGGAGCCUCCAUCACAGAGACCCUGGAGGUGGAGAACAUGGGGGAUCUCACCCAGUUCACUCAGGGUCAACUGAGCCAGCACUUCGGCGAGAAGACAGGGCAGUGGCUGUAUGACCUGUGUCGGGGUAUUGAGUUUGAACCAGUGAAGCCCAGGCAGCUUCCAAAAUCUAUAGGCUGCAGCAAGAACUUCCCUGGGAAAACUGCUCUGGCCACAAAAGAAAAGGUGCAGUACUGGCUCAAUCAGCUGGCUCUCGAGCUGGAGGAGAGACUGACUAAGGACAGGGAGAUGAAUGGCAGAGUGGCCAAGCAGCUGACGGUGGGGGUGCGGCAGAUGGGGGACCACAGGGCCAGCAGCUUCUCCCGCUGCUGUGCUUUGUCCCGGUAUGAGGCCACAAAGAUCUCUGCUGACAGCUUCUCCAUCAUCAAGAGUCUCAACACCGCCGGAAACCACCAGGCUGCAUGGUCCCCGCCCCUCACCCUGCUGCACCUUUCUGCUAGCAAAUUCAGGGAGGCUCCCACCGCCACGGCUGGCGGGAUCACCAGCUUCCUGACCAGUGACGUCGCCUCCGGCUCUCCCUCCCCCACCUCCAAGAAGGCCCCGCCUCCCAAGAGGCCUGGCACCAUCCAGUCCCUCUUCCAGAAGGCCGCGGAAAAGAAAGGAUGUGGGAACGAGUCACAGUCCUCCUCGGAUCACCAGUCGCCUCCACCUGCAGAAAAGCAGCCCUGUGAAUCCCCCACCACAACGUCUCCUGUGAAGUCCUCAUCCUCCCCUGGAACUGGCAUCUCUUCCUUCUUCCAGAGGAAAACGCUAGAGAAAAGUGUAAAGGCCUUGAACGGAGACCUGCAGUCUGAUAGAAAGGAGUCAUCAGGGAGCAUAGGGACAGGUGAGGAGCAAAGUACAGGACCUUCUGCCAUUGAGACCGAAAGUUCUACGCAAGCAACAAAAAUGGUGGACUCAUCAGAGGGGACCAGCGGCAAGGAAGGUGAAAGAGAGCCCAGUGGUUCAGACCUAUCGUCCCAUCUCCCCCCUGAAUGUGCCAGCAAAGAUGUACUACAGUGUGAACGUUGCGGCCAGGAGAUUUCAGCCUGGGAGAUGCCCGAGCACACUGACUACCACUUUGCUCUGGAUCUGCAGAAGUCUUUCUCCUCUUCCUCCUCCUCCUCUUCAUCCUCCUCCAGUCUGCUUCCGAGGCCCACUCCCAACCCUCCACUUACUGCCGGGACCCCUCAUUCAUCCCAUGGUAAGACCAAACCCAAAAGUCAGGCAGGACCCCAACCCAAGAGGGCCAAAUCACAGGGUUCCAACUCAACCCUGGACUCCUUCUUUAAGAGGAACUAAACAGGUCCCCACUGGCUGUCAACCCUAUUGCUCAGCGAAAACACUGACAUUCUAGAUUGUUUUAUGGAUCUCUUUACUGUUUAUUUCAGUUUGCUAUGUGUGGUGAGUGCUUGUCUGCAUCAGUCAAAGCUAAAAUGUUUGCAGUGCACAGCAGAAGGGAUCCGAAGUCAUGUAACAGGCCAGUCCUUCAUCCAUACAUGGUAAAUGUGAACUUGAUUAUCUUAAUCACACAGGGGAGAGAAGAUAUGUCUCUACAAUGACAUUUUUAAAGAU